GCUUGAAGACGCAGCUGAUGCAACACUGGUCGGAGAUAACACAAGCAUCACGUCAGAUCGCCGCAGGCCACAGGUUCAGCUCAAAGGAGGAAGCUGCGUCUCAUUCUCAAAAAGCCAGACGGACAGCAUUUUUGGCUGCUUAUACUCCCAUAGAUUAACCGGCACCAACAUGGCUGUCAUCAGAACCCUCAGCAAGGUGGCUAAGCAGGCCCUGCUCAGCACCCCGGGGUGCGGCUGCCAGCCCCUUACGGUGGCUGUGCGCAGCAUCAGCUUCUCCCCUCGACAGGUGACCGCAGGUGAUGCCAGCUUCCACUCCGUGUCCUUCUCAGAAACAGACCACCCCAAGGUGCUCAUUACAGGUGGCCUUGGUCAGCUCGGGGUGGGGCUCGCCAAAUUGUUGAGGAAGAGGUUUGGAAAGAACAAUGUCAUUCUGUCUGACAUCAGGAAACCUCCAAGCAACGUUUUCCACAGCGGCCCCUUCAUCUACUCAGACAUCCUGGACUACAAGAACCUGCGGGAGAUUGUGGUGAACAACCGCAUCACUUGGCUGGUUCACUACAGCGCUCUCCUCAGUGCUGUUGGAGAGGCUAACGUGGCCCUGGCGCGUUCUGUUAACAUCACUGGGCUUCACAACAUCCUGGACAUUGCAGCUGAACAUGGCCUUCGUCUGUUUGUCCCCAGCACCAUCGGCGCCUUUGGCCCCACGUCACCCCGUAACCCUACGCCAGAUCUCUGUGUGCAGAGACCUCGCACCAUCUAUGGUGUCUCCAAAGUCCAUGCUGAGCUGAUGGGAGAGUACUACCACCACCGCUACGGCCUGGAUUUCCGCUGUCUCCGCUACCCAGGAAUCAUCUCUGCUGACUCCAUGCCUGGAGGUGGCACAACAGACUAUGCUGUCCAGAUUUUCCACGAUGCAAUCAAAACCGGCAAGUUUGAGUGCAACUUGAAACCCGACACGCGGCUGCCCAUGAUGUACAUUGACGACUGCCUUCGUGCCACGCUGGAGGUGAUGGAGGCGCCAGCUGACACGCUGAGCAUGAGGACCUAUAACAUUAAUGCCAUGAGCUUCACCCCCGAGGAACUGGCCCAGGAGCUCCAGAAGCAGAUGCCCGAGCUGGAGGUCACGUAUGACGUUGACCCCGUCAGACAGGCAAUUGCUGACAGUUGGCCAAUGAACUUUGACGACUCCAACGCACGGAAAGACUGGGGCUGGAAACACGAUUACGAUCUUCCGGAGCUCGUCCAGACGAUGCUUAACUACUUUAGCACAGAUACGCGCAUGGCUCGUGCUAACUGAGGGAGCGCAGACAUCGAUCCAAGUGUUCUUUGUACAUAAUGUAUUGACUGACCAAAGAGAAUAGAGGAACGUGGCCUGUACAUAGCCGUUCUCUCACUUCUCUCUGUAAAAUCAGAAGGGCUCUGCUUGCCUGACACAAGGCUUACCUGUCUCCAGAAUGUGAAAGUCAGUGCAGGCUAGACGAUCCUCCCCGCUCCUGUCUAUCCACCCCUGCUUUGCUCUCUUUCCCCUUUUUUUUUUUUUUUUCGGCUUGGAUAUAUGGGUGAAGAGCAGUCUGUCAGUGGAAGGUUGUCAGCAGUACCAGGGACAUCAGCAUGCCCUGUGAAAACUUAUUUGGAUUUUUAAAAAAAAAUCAAAAUAAAAAAGAGAGAUGACUUGCAUGUUAAUGAAUUGCACAAAAUUGUUUUCUGGGCAAAAAUCAAGUUAAACAGGGAAAUGUUGCGUUGUGUAUUUGUAAUUGUUUCUGCCAGUUUUUCUUUAGUAGUCCAAUUUGGUCAGGGUUUUGUUGUCUGCUAAAUUUCCAAUUUUCAGAUAUUCAGGGACUAAAGCUCCUGGGCCUAAAAUUUUGAAUUGUUGGGUAUUCAAAUACACAAGUUGUGUCCUUUGCACUUUAGAUGGAUCUCUAUCUUAUAAUCACUGACAAGUCAAUGAGCCUUUGGGGGCGAUUUCUGAUACAGUGCACCUGUAUUUUGAGCUGCGGAGUGAUAAUUCUUAAGAAUUAUUCUUCUGUUUAUUCCACAUAACAUUAUUUAUUCUGUCUGUUGGUGUUAAAUGUGUGGGAGCUUCAUUAAGUGAAAGCAUUUCUUAACACUUUUUUUUUCUAAAUGUUUCUGUCCUCUUUCAUGUUGUUUUUUUUCAUCAACUCUGUGGGAUUUAUUUUGACACAAAAGGGAAAUGUGACUCUGAACGCCACAUUUACGUUUAGCCACAUUUGGUGGUUUCUUUUAUUUCAACUUUCUGUAAAAGAAAUAUUGAAAUUAGUUUCCAUGUGAAAGUCAUAGCAAGUUCUGUCUGCCUUUCAAUUACACAACAAGCUUUGACAAUUAAAAUUUUUCCACAUA